UGUGCUCGGUUCACCGUCACCAUGACAACCACAGGAGACGCUAACACCAGUUUAACAGUGUAGCAACAAAGGCAGCUUCCUUUCAACAGUGUGAUAUCAAAGGCAGCCGCCUUAACAUAUCAACAACUUGUUUGUUAACUUUUAAUUUCAGUUUCCAGUAGUUUCUCUUAACGACAUGGAGUCUGUGAUUGUUCCUGCCGAAGCGGAGGGGUUCGUUCAGAGUCUGGAAACUUUCUCCAUCAAGGACGUGGGCUCUGCAAGGUGGUUCAGACAGCACGAGUACAUCGAGAAACUUAACAUACAAGCGAUCCUGAACGCCUCCGCCAUGCAGGAUGAGUUCAUCAAGGAGCUGCUGGUGUCGUAUGGGAAGAUACCUCUCCUGGUCCAUGAGAUGAUCCUCGUGGAAGUGUGGAAGCAGAAGGUGUUCCCUAUCUUAUGUCAGCUGCAGGACUUCAAUCCUAAGAGCACAUUUCAUCUUUACAUGGUGAUCCACCAUGAAGCUACAAUCAUUAACCUUCUGGAAACGAUCAUGUUCCACAAGGAUUCAUGUGAGGCAGCGGAUGACGCUGUUCUUGAUUUGGUGGAUUAUUGCCACCGCAAACUCACCCUGCUGGCCAGCAAGGCAAUCAGGGAGAAAACUACAGCUCAAUACAACCUGACAGAUAAAACAGAUGUAUCCUCUCUAGAGGAGUUGCAGAUUCAAAGCGUUGCACUGGAGUUUGAGAUCUCGCUGAAGGCUGUUUCUGUGCUGCGCUACGUCACAGAUCACACCAACAGUAUCAGUGUCAUCAAUCGCAUGCUGUGCACCCAUAACCUGCCUUGUGUUCUGGUUCAGCUGAUCGACUGCUGCCCUUGGAGUCGCUGCAGAGAAGAUGAGGUGGAGAGGUACAUAAACAGCAAGUGGCAGAAGAUUCCUGUGGACGACCAUUUAAAGAUGACAAAACUUGACGGCCAGGUCUGGAUUUCCCUUCACAAUCUGCUGCUAAAGGAAGAUUGCCAAAGAAAAUACGACUUCAACAGAUUCAACAAGAAUCAGAUGCUGAAGCUCCGAGGUUUCUUGACAGAGGUGCUGGUUGAUCAGCUGCCGAACUUGGUGGAGCUGCAGCGUUUCCUGGCUCAUCUCGCAGUCACAGAUCCAGGCCCUCCAAAAAAAGAGCUUGUUUUGGAGCAGAUCCCAGAAAUUUGGAACCACAUUGUGAGUGAGAACUCUGGGAAGUGGAAGGCAAUAGCAAAGUAUCAAGUGAAAGAAACAUUCAACCCAUCUGAAAAUGACCUGAGACUACAUGCAGAGAGGUUGGCCCAGACGUACAACUUGGAUGUGAUGGAGAGUUUACUCCCUGAGAAGCCAAAGUGUGGAUGCUGUGGGAAAGAGGCAGCAAAGAGAUGCUCUCGCUGUCAGGGGGAAUGGUACUGUAACAGAGAAUGUCAGGUGAAGCACUGGCCGAAACACAAGAAAGCGUGUCAGCUCAUGGUCGAGGCCACAGAGAAGAUCCAGAUGGAUCUGAACAUCGACGGCUGAAAGAGAAACUGUUGCUUGCUAAUGUAUAGACAGAUGGAAAGUGCAAGAUGUUACUCUUUAAACCAAAGAUGUGUGGAAAACAGAUCUGCAUGUGGACAUUGAGUUUUGGAUUCUAAUACAUUAUAAAUAAGGAAACUUCUUUCUUUUACUGUUUGGAAAGUUCAUCCCCUGUUACAGACUUUAGCUUUUCCUUUUUGUUUUGAACACUGUAAUGUUUGUUCCUAUAUCAUAAACUAGAAGGGAACUCAGAGAGCGAAUCCCUCUGCCGAGCCUGACUGGUUAAUCUGCAUAAUGAUGUAUUGAGAUCAGAUACAUAUACCAUGUACACAGAAGUUUUCUGCAAACUGCUAACAUUAAACACAGGCAAAAUUAUGUGAUAAAGUUGAAAGAAUAUUUGUUAAUGUGCAGGAACUGAAUAAAGACCACCCCCCCCCGAAAA